UUCCAUGAUCCAUUCCCUCUCUUCGACCCCUCAUGGGCCAAGCUGUGCGAUGCCUUUGGUUGGCUGCAGUCUUUCUGGCUAACUCAGAGGAGGUCGUGGAGCUCGAUGGACAGAACUUCACCUGGGCCAUGCGGGCCUACCCCAGGCUUUUGCUCUUCUUCUAUGCACCUUGGUGUGGUCAUUCCCGGAGCUUGGACCCGGAAGUCCGUCGAGCGGCGGCGGAGCUGCAGGGCAGCGUGGCGGUCGCGAAGAUUGACGCGAGCAUGGAAGUGGAAAUCGCUGACGAGUUUGGCAUCUCUGCCUAUCCUGGACUCUUUUUGCUCCAGAAGGGAAGCUAUGAAGAGUUCACCGGGCGCCGCAGUGCGGCAGCCAUUGCUGACUGGACCCGCAGCAAGAUAGGCUCUGCGUUGGAGCUGGUGAACAACAGCGAUCAGUUGCAGGAUGCUCUUGGCCGACGGGGGGUGCACAGUGCACUGGUAGCCACCGGCGACGCGGGCCGGCAAGCCACCGUGAAGAGGCUAGCCGAGCGCUUUCGUACCUGGGGGAAGUUCAUCUUCCUUGCAGGUGGUCUGCACCCUCGAGUGCAGCUCUUUCGAGGCUUGGACGAGCUCCUGGAAGGCCCAGCCUCCGCCUCCGCGAGUGAUGAGGAAGCGGAGCAAAAGCUUGUCGAGUUCAUGCAGGCGCACCAGUUGCCGCUCUUCGGCGAGGUCUCCGAGGAGAACUUCUACCACUAUGAGACCAGUGGGGCUCGGGGCUUGCUCUGGGUGCUCUUCGCCGAGAGCGGCGGCACGCCCUGCAGCAGCCGUUGCCGUCAGAGGGCCUACGAGCAGCAGGAGGCCCUGCGCCAGGUGGCUCACAGCCGUCGAGACGUGAAGGUGGUCUUUGCAGAUGCGGCGGCGCACAAGGACUAUCUCCUCAUGCUUGGCGCACGUGAGUUCCCAGUCUUCCUCCUGCAGAAAGGCACGCUGAGCGCCAUCGAGGUCGGGGAGAUUGAGACGUGGGCCUUGCCAUUGGAAUCUCCCAUCCGUCCUGAAGCCAUCAUCUCCUGGAUGGACCAGGUGCUGCCAAGGCUCGGUGUCGCAGCUUGACCAGUCCACGUCCCCGGCCGGAGCGGAACCAGCGAACAGAAAGAGUCGACCGAUGGGUGGACCAACGGAAAGCAGUGCAUGUUCAGUCUGCGGUACGGUGAGAGGGUAUCCAGGAUCAUGUGAAUCAUGUGCACUGACCCAUGUACGCUAACCUGAAGUGCCAAAACAUCUCCCCGAAACCCUUGCCUUUGGAAUGAUGUGGAGCGUGCCCAACCGUGGGUCUGCAGCCAAGCGAAAGGUUCACUCCAUUUGCAGAAGGGCCAAUGUGGAGAUCUUUAUUGACUUUAUUGUUUCCGUUUUCACUCUAAUGUCAUUGGCUUGUCUAACAGGGUCUUCACUUGCCACCUGGUGCGCUGAGCUGAAGGAAGAAUCUAGGCCUGGCCGAGACUGGUUGAAGUCUGCCGAGGGACCCGAGCCAAGCUGCAAGCACCCAAGCGGACUUGCCAAGAAGACUUUU